AUGAAAUUUUUGCAACUGCUCGUGUAUAAAUUGUUAGCGCGAGCGAUUGAUACCGUGAACAGGUAUUUUGAUAUUCGACGGCUGCAUUACAUGCGAGAAGUACUUGAAGUUAGCAUCGGAAUCUUGGCGCAUCAGAUCCACUAUAGAAGCGAAGCGAUGGCUAAACGCAAAGCCAUUUACUCGUUUCGGCCGUUCGAAGUUUCCGAUGUUGAUUACCGCAGUGCCGCGACAAACAUUGGCACGAUAGGCGCGGGUAGACAAUAUCCUAAAGCCAGGAGUGGUCAUAGAAUUGUUUGCAGCGAUGCGACAAUAUACUGUUUCGGCGGAUUUAACCCAAACAAUUCGUUAGUACGUGAUGGAAACAAUGAUGAAAGGGAAGAACUGUGCUUGUUCCAAGAGCUUUGGAAGUAUGACAUGGUGCGAAAGGAGUGGACUCUUCUGCUAGAUUCAAACAAUGAUCUACCCAUAGAGCUCGCAUCGAAUGCCAUGCUUCUGUACGGAGAUAUGAUCAUGGUUUUUGGCGGCACUGGCUAUCCAUUCGGAGUACAUUGUUCCAAUAAGCUCCAUGUUUGUUUACCUGGCCAAAGAUCGAAGGAUUUGGUUAAGGUUGAAGUAACUGGCGAUCUUCCACCACCACAGUAUGGUCAAGCUAUUAUAAUUAACGACAAUUUUCUGUAUACUAUCGGUGGAACAAAUGGCUUUGAUUAUUCGCUGGAUGUACAUCGGCUACAUCUUCCGAGCAAAACCUGGGAAUGUGCUUACGAAUGUAAACAAAACAUUCGAGAUGAUCCUUCAGGCAGGUAUCGACAUGAAUUAGCUUACGAUGAUUAUAAGAUCUAUGUUAUCGGAGGAGGCACAAGUGACUCCGUUUUUAUACUGACCAAUAUACCCGCGUAUGACAUGAAAGCGAAUAAGUGGGAAUAUCUGGCGACAAAGCCGGACCCACUAGCGAACUUACCUGGCAUCCCGUCGGCCCGCAAGUGCCAUUCGUGCGUACAAAUUCGCACCGAUCAGGGACUGGAAGUAGUGGUUGCUGGAGGUUAUGAUGGAAUAAGUUAUUUUCGUGACAUCUGGAAGCUAAAUCUGUCGACCUUGCAGUGGAAGAAAAUGCAGAAGUCUAACUUGCCGUAUCCGUUGUUUUUCCACGACGCGGCCGUCACAAGCGACGGGUGCAUGCAUAUAUUUGGUGGUAUCAAAUUCAGCAACAACACAACCGUUCGCACUAACACGUUGUACAAAAUGUGGACCACAAUUCCACGAUUGAGCGUUAUCGCUUGGGAAGCAAUGCUGCACUACAUUCCGAACAUGCAUAACCGAACGAAAGAAGAACUUUUGGAAGCUGGUAUUCCUCGACAGUUUGUAGAGCGUGUUCAUGGUUGAGUAUGUAGUGCCUGCAGAAUUUGUAAAAAUGAAUUUUAACCAUUCGUCGCAACGUAAACAAUAUACACUAGGUUUUCUUCAAGAAACGAUGAAAAUCAAACAUUGAAAGCGAAGCUGGUUCUGAAUUUAAAAGUGGCUUUGAAAUAUAUGAUUCCUAAUAUCGAAACCCAAAAGCCGCGUGUGUACAAUGUAGU